CCCGAUUGGGGAGGCCCCACGGCCCACGCCUACAGGACCCUUUUCUUCCCCAUUGCCGAUUUUUUUCCUCCACAUUGCGCAUUUUUUCCCCUUUUCCUUUCCCUCCUCUCUUGUCGACCAUACCGUAACGAGGUGUCCGGCGUGAGCAUUUCUCUCCGUCGAUCAUCCCUCGGCAAACCUUUCGAAGGACCGGAGAACUCAAGGUUCCUGGAGAAACAGAGGCAGAUGGGGGACGAAUCGAAGGGCGACGAUUUGCUGAAGAAGGCGGAGAAGAAGAUCAAUGGCUGGGGCAUUUUUGGGUCCAAGUAUGAGGACGCCGCCGAGCUGUUCGACAAGGCCGCCAAUCAGUAUAAGCUCGCCAAAGCAUGGGAUAAAGCUGGAAAUACGUACCUCAAAUUGGCUGAGUGUCAUUUGAAGAUGGACAGCAAGCAUGAGGCUGCUUCGGCAUGUGUAGAUGCGGCAAAUUGCUACAAAAAGAUUAACACCGCAGAUGCAAUCCAAUGUUACGAUGCUGCAGUCAGCCAUUUUAUGGAGAUUGGUAGACUUAAUAUGGCAGCAAGAUACUGCAAGGAAAUUGGUGAACUAUAUGAAAAUGACCAGAACUUUGAGCAAGCAAUUGCAUAUCUUGAAAGAGCUGCUGACUUGUUCCAGAGUGAGGAAGUGACAACAUCUGCGAACCAAUGCAUGCAAAGAGUUGCACAGUUGGCUGCUUCAUUAGACCAGUAUCCAAAGGCUACUGAGAUUUUUGAAUCAAUUGCAAAGGUAUCAAUGAAUAAUAAUCUUCUGAAGUACAGUGUCAAAGGACUUCUUUUGAAUGCUGGAAUUUGUCACCUGUGCAAAGGAGAUGCUGUGGCGAUACAUAAUGCGUUAGAGCGGUACCAGGACUUAGAUCCAACCUUCUCUGGAACGCGCGAGCAUAAAUUAUUAUCUGAUCUAGCUUCUGCUUUCGAUGAAGAAGAUAUUGACAAGUUCACGACAGCUGUUAGAGAAUUUGAUUCUAUGACUCGACUGGACCCCUGGAAAACGUCGCUUCUUUUAAAGGCAAAGAACACCCUGAAAGAAAAGGAACUGGAAGAGGAUGAUCUUACUUGAUAAGUUUGGUGGUCCAGUCAGUGAUUGAAGCCUACACCUCUGUUGCAUUGAGCUGUUUUGACGUUGUGGCUUUUCAUUCAGCUAUUUUUAUAUACUAGUCCAUUUGAUCAGAAAUGAUUUGAAGUUCUAUGCUUGGGGAUCGCUUCUGCACCUUUGUUUCAACAAGAUAUAAUCUUCCUGUUUGCAAAGGUACUGGAAAACCUUUAUUGUUUUUCUUUCCUUGCAAAUUGUGGGAGGAUCAUAAGCUGUUUUUAUUAUUGUUCAAGGUUACAAUUUAUGCACUUAA